AUGGGAAAUGCACAAGACAACGCCCUAACCAACUGUUACCACCACCAACAGACAAACCACUGGGGAACAGAGCCGUACACCACACGAGGACAGGCCGCAUCACGCCACGCGAAGCAAAAAGUCAGGGUAACCACAUCAUAUAAAACCCAGCCGAAACAAACCCCCCAAGAAAAACCCCACGAUAACCACGACCAUAACAGCAGGAAAACGAAGUCCAUGACGAACACCACCGAAGCCACGAACAUGAGCGGCCUAGCAGGCCCAGGCCCCCUCGACCCACAUGCCGCCGCCAAAGCCACCAAGCGGAAACGGCCAAACGGCCUCGAAAGAGAGGAUGGGGAACUCGACGACGAAGGCAGAGCCCACGACGAAGGAACGCAGGGAGAUGCCCGCCCCCCAAACCCAACAGGCGGCACCCCCGCCCAAGCCAACCCCCAGCUCCUAAGCGGAGGCUCACUAGACAACCCCCAUGCCCAGUCGAGCCAAAGAGGCCUCCCACCCCUCGAACCGACUCAGUCGAGGAUCGCGUACACCAAGGCCGUCUACCCGAGGGUCAUCAAAUCCCUUGACAGCCUCCUCGCGGAAAUAAUGGAGGCGACCGCAGAGGCAGUAAAAGCGAACCCGGGCAAAUACAUGGCCCUCCUCAUCUACGGGGGAGGGAAUAAGGUGAAGGAAGAAAACCCUGAACUCACGAACGACAUCGAGACCUUCCUCCAAGGACUCACAAUCGCCGGCAGCGAGAGGCUACGCGUGGUUGACCCCCCCAAAAGAGACACCGACAAACGAGGCGAGUUUGCGAAGCCCCACAUCCUCCUCCUCCAACACGGCUCCCCCGAACUCAGAGCAUACCUGCUAUGGCACCAGACCUUCGCCUUCCAAAUUGAAGGAAGGAAGAUUGCUUUCUCCGCGCUCCGUUUCGACGCCAACGUGAGACCCUGGUUCAUAACCGACAUAGUCGGGCGGGCAAUCUGCGACGACCCCAACGCCAUACGAGAAGGGUUAGCAACCAUCACCCACGCCCUCGCCAAAGACACGGACUUCAGAAACCACGUCGACGUGUGCCUCGCAAAAGUGGAAAACCCCAGGUCCAUCGACGAAAGAGUCCGGGAUACCCUUCAGAGCUUCGAGAUUCACGCCAUGCGAGUAACGAACAAGGAAAAAAAGGACAUCACCGUGUGGCAGCUCUAUGCGAACCCGAUCGCCAACAAUGGGCUCGAGUACAAAGAAUGGCUCAAGAUCAUCACGUCCCGACACUAUAUUAUCGACGAAAUAGACGAAAUGUUCGUACGCUACAAGAACCUGAAACCCUACGACUCGUGCGCCUUCUGCAAAAGUGAAGCCCACCCUGAGGAACAGUGCCCUUUCCCGCUAGUCGCCGACUGGAAAGGACCAAUCCCCAAAGAUGUAAGAGCCGAACGGGCUAAACUCAAAGAGGAAGCGGCAGCAGCGAGAGGCAGCAACAGGGAUUGGGGCAACGGCAGGGAGAGCCGAGGCAGCAGGCCCGCCAGAGGCAGUAGUUCGAACAUGUCCCGCGCACGUCCAUACUAG